AUGGUUUCUAUAUGUAUUGAUGUUGGUUAUAUUCAAAAACUUAUCCAGUGGAUUCGUACAGAUACAUUUGCGUCUCAUAUCCGUGUUAUUGGUAAUCCAAUAAUCUGUAUUGUUUACAAUUUGUCAAGAGACAAGACAGGUUUAAAACAGUUUCGUACAGAAAAAGCUUUCGACAUUUUAAUGGAACGUAAGCAGUUAAUCAAUAAUGAAAACAAUAAUGACUUGACAGAUAGUUAUGGUCGGGUAUUGAUCGCACUAGCUACGAGUGAUGAACAAUCGGAAGAGAACAAAAAACUCAUUCUUAAUACUACCGAAAAUUUAUACCAAUUAUGUAAGAAAACUGAUCAACAAGAUGAUUUAUCAUCUGAUGGAUAUCAUUUAUCGGAACUGUUGGAAUUAUUAGAUCGUGCUUUUACAAAUACAUACGUAAUCAAACAUAUUCUGGAGGAUAAGAUCAAUGAGCAAUCAACAGCAAUACAAUACUUUACAGAACUUUUUCUAUCUCUAUACGGAGCUCUGCUGGAUCCAGAACCAGAUGAACUAGAAAAACGUGCUGUUAAAUAUUUACUUAGAAUUCUACUACAGAUUUCCAGUUAUCCCGAAUAUCUAAAACAAUUAAUUGAUAAUCAUCAGUUUUGUAUAAUCAUAGAAAGUCUUGCUAAUCGUCCAAAACGAGAUGAUGUAAAGCGUAUUUGGUGUAAUAUUCAGCAAAUUAUGUCAACAAACGAACGGAAAAAAGAAAUGUUAUCAAAAAUCUACAUUAGCUAUGAUUAUACCGACGAAGAUUUUUGUAAAGAAUUUGUAAAAGAGUUACGUAAGAGAAUGACAAUACCAAUUUGGGUUGACUAUGAAAAUGUUGAUCUGUCUGAUGAUAUGUGGGAAUACAUAUCUCCAAAUAUUAUAUCGGCAACAGUGGUUAUUAUCUUUGUGUCAACAGCCUAUGGUGAAAAUACUGAUAAAUUUCAAGAAUUAUCUUACAUCAUUUCUACUAAUAAAUCAAGAGAUGAAAAGAAAGGCUUAAUCGUAGUCGCAACUGAACCUAAUUUCACUUUCAACCGAUCUUGGAUGAAAGAUCUAUUACAUGACAAGACUAUGGUUUCCUAUGAAAAUAAUAUGGGUCAGAUGGCUUGGAACGUAUGUGAACAGAUUGGUGUGUUGGAGAAACCGCGAAUAAAAUGUUUAAAUUGGCUAUCCAAAAAUGUACGAAGAAAAACACCUCAAUCUGAUGAUUUUUCAGCCAGAACUUUGAAAUUGAUUCCAGAAAAAGAUAAAGUCUAUUCGCAAAAGGAAUCUUCACAAAUGGGCGGCAGUACUGAUUUUUUACUUGUGUCAAAAACACAUAGUUCACAGUCCAUUGUUACUGGACUAAUGACGCAAACUGGAUCCGUCAGUGGUUCAACUUGGGUAUGA